ACUAAAGUAGGGAAUAGGGAUGGAAAAUGAGGGAAACACAAAUGAGAAAACACAAAAUUGAAAGCAAGAUGCCGAGGGCAACUUUUUAAGAAAUUCUCAGAACUCUCUCUCUUGAAAACGCAUGGCUUCACUCAAUUCCAGCAACAAUGGCGAUUUUAGAAGUAGUAAUUUGACAGAUUCAGUGCCGAAGAAACAAAAGAAUGGAAUCGCUGGAGCUGAAGAAACCCUAGAUCGUAUCAGUCAGUUGCCGGACUCACUCCUUGUUCAAAUUCUCUCUCUUUUGCCGACCAAAGAUGCCGUGGCAUCUUGUGCUUCCUCAAAAAGGUGGCGUUAUCUCUGGACUUCAAUUUAUAACUUCCUUUUCAUUAGUAUAGAUUGCAAGAAAGCAGAAAACUUCAUGUCCUUUGUGGACCACGUUUUAACUCAUUCCACUUGUUCCAAAAUCAAAAAGUUCCAACUCGAUUUAGGUUACACCUCUGGGUUGAAAAUCAGCCAAUGGAUUAGUUUUGCUGUGGAAAGAAAAGUGGAAGAUGUUGUAUUGUGUUCAUAUGAUGACGAUCUCUCUUUUGAAUUGCCUAUAUCUAUCUGCACUUGCUCCUCAUUGAUUACAUUGGAUUGGAGUUGUUGCGUGGUUGAUAAAGAAUCGGUCAUAGAGUGGAAGUAUCUAAAGAGCCUAAAGUUGAACUAUAUUUUUAUAGAUGAUGACGAUAUUGCAAAAAUACUUUCAGGUUGUCCUGCUUUGGAAACUCUGGAGUUGUCUUCAUUCGAUGGUUUUCGUCGUCUAGAAAUCACUUCUUCAAAUUUAAAGAGACUAACGUUGGAUCGCUACUGGUGGUUUUAUGGCAGAGUUGAAGAUCCUUUGGAAAUUAUUGCCCCGUAUCUUCAGCAUUUGGAGAUUUUAGGAGAUCUUGAUUAUCUCACGUGUAGACUAGUAAAUGUCUCCUCUUUGAUUGAUGGUAGACUCACUUUUAGCAUUACAUGUAUCACUGACAUCUGGGGGGUUGAUCCUGAUGCUGCAGAACACAGUUGUGCUGAUUAUCAUCAAAAUUUUAGAAACCUUGUUCUGGACUAUCUUCAAAAGCUGAGUUAUGUAACUGAGCUAAUAAUCGGACGUUGGUUAGCAGAGGUCGUGUUCAUGCAGCAACUCAACGGAGUGUCGCUACCAAAAUUGAGAUGCAAAUGUCUUACACUAGAGAUGAAUGUGACAAAGCAUAAUUUGUAUGGAGUAGCUAGCCUUUUGCGGACCUCACCUCUUUUGGAGACACUCAACAUACACUUGGGAGCUGAGCUUAAUAAUUUUCGCUGCCAACUUGAGCUAAGUUAUUUGGCCAAAGGAGAUACUAUCAGUUUGCAGAGUUGGAUUUCGGGCAUUGUGUUUCCCAAUCUCAAGAAUCUUAAGGUUGUUGGCUGCAUAGCGGAGUGUUUUAAGAGGUGGUUUGGAAGGGGAAAUGAUAAGCUUUUUGAACUUUCGGAGUUUCUACUAAAGAAUGCAAUGGCUUUGAAGAAGUUUGUUAUCGUAUCAGAGAGGAGAAUCUGCAGGGAAUGUUUGGAGAGCUGUGAGUCCCGAUAUUUAUCACGAUUGGCUAAGAAAUUAUUAGACAGCCCAACAUCAUCUAUGAAGUUUGUGAUUAUUUACCAAGAGUCUGCUUCAGAAUGAGAAACCAGAACUUCUGUUUCGGGGCAUACUAGAAAUGUCACCUCAUAUUAUAGGCGUUUGAUUUACUGCAGGUGUAAUUAUGAACUCGUGGCAUUCCAAAUGAUAUUGAUGUUUGGUUUCUCAUGAAUCUCCUUUGUUUGUUGCACUCUACACGUUGCAUAUGUGCAUGGAAUUUUCUUGCUACUGUUAUUUUCUUGGAACUGUCAAGAUCGGCGCUACAAGCCGCAUUCUAUAACUGGGAGUAAGGUUGUCUUCUUUGUUUUUUUCUUGGAAAGAAAACUGUUUGUUUAAGCAAAGAAUUUGUAGCCGUUGUAUUUGAGGCUUAAAAUGCUGUUAAAUGCUUUUACCUGAGGUCGUGCUCAUAAUAGGACUGUUUGAUUACAUUCAA